AUGAAUAGCAAUGGAUUAAUUCAUUAUGUCGGUCGGAGAGAUUUUCAAGUGAAAUUACGUGGACAACGUAUUGAAUUACAAGAAAUUGUACAAUGUUUACUUAUUGAUGAGAUUAAUGUUGAACAAUUACGUCAACAUUGUCAAUCUGAUCUGCCAUCACAUAUGAUUCCAUCAAUAUUUGUUAUACUUGAAAAACUACCUUUAAAUCCAAAUGGAAAAGUAGAUCGAAAACGUGUUCCACCACCAGAUUUAUCAUUAUUGACUCUCUCAUCAACGUCAUCAUCAUUAACAACAGCAUUAGAAAACAGUUCAAGUCUUCCACAAAAUCAAUUACAAAACAGAUACAUGAUAUUUGCCAAAGGUCAACAUGAUGGUUUCAUAACGAAAGAUGCAUCUGUAGAUUUAAUUUAUCUUGGUGCUCGCCUUCAUCAUUAUGAUUGUUUACUUGAAGGAGAAGUUUCUUUAUCAAAUUUAUUAUGUAAAAUUCGAAUAAUUAUAUUCGAGAAAUAA